AUCAAUGUAUUGGAAGUCUUAGAUUUAGUUCCUUUGUAGCAAGCAACCUUGUCUUGUCUUCCAGGAGAGCUAAUCACCGCAGAUCUCCUCUGUUCAAACCUAUGUUUAACUGGAGCAGUCUGAUCCCCCUGCAGUUGUGGGGCAGGACACUGGGCUUGCAGACAGAGGAUUCUAAGUUCCUCCUUGAAGGUGUGCCCUUCCGCAUCUUUGGAGGCUCCAUGCACUAUUUCCGAGUCCCCAGGGAAUACUGGAGGGAUCGCAUGGUUAAGAUGAAGACAUGUGGUUUGAACACCCUCACUACGUACGUGCCAUGGAACCUUCACGAAGCAGCGAGGGGGAAGUUUGAUUUCAGCGGAAAUCUGGAUUUAGAGGCCUACCUAACCUUGGCAGCUGAAGUUGGACUAUGGGUGAUUCUGCGUCCAGGACCCUAUAUCUGCUCUGAGUGGGAGCUUGGUGGUCUUCCCAGCUGGCUACUCCAAGAUCCUGACAUGCAACUGAGAACAACCUACAAGGGCUUCACAGAGGCUGUGGAUGCUUAUUUUGAUCACUUGAUGGCCAGAGUGGUCCCUCUUCAGGCAAGUAAGAUCAUGGCAGUGCAGGUGGAGAAUGAAUAUGGUUCCUACGCCAAAGACCCUGACUACCUGACCUACGUUAAAAUGGCCCUGUUAGACAGAGGGAUUGUGGAACUGUUAAUGACCUCUGACAACAAGGAUGGACUGUCUUCUGGCUAUGUGGAAGGAGCUUUGGCCACUAUUAACUUGCAGAAGGUGGAUUCCACCCUCCUGAUCUAUCUGGACACAAUACAGCAAAAAAAGCCGAAGAUGGUGAUGGAGUAUUGGACUGGAUGGUUUGAUAGCUGGGGCGGCCCUCAUAAUAUCUUUGAUGCAGAUGAUGUGGUGAAUUCAGUGGAAGAAGUCCUCAAAAUGGGAGCAUCCAUCAAUCUCUAUAUGUUCCAUGGGGGCACCAACUUUGGCUUCAUGAAUGGUGCUUUGGAUUUUGAUGAGUACAAGCCAGAUGUCACAAGUUAUGAUUACGAUGCUGUGCUGACGGAAGCUGGCGACUAUACAUCCAAAUUCUUCAAACUCCGUCAACUCUUCAGCAAGAUUAUAGGGCAGCCUCUGCCCCUCCCUCCUGUGGUCACAGGCAAAGCAUCAUAUGGCACAGUCCAGCUGCCACAGUAUCUCUCUCUUUGGGAAGCGCUGCCCUAUAUUGUAGAGCCCAUUAGGUCAGAGUUCCCAGUUAACAUGGAGAACCUGCCAGUGAAUGAUGGCAAUGGGCAGGCCUAUGGGUACACUCUCUACGAAACGGUCAUAACUGGCGGAGGACAGCUGCAUUCCAGGGACCACAUCCGGGAUCGAGCACAGGUGUUUGUGAACACUCUGUUCAUUGGAUACCUUGAUUACAACACCGUGGAGCUGUCUGUUCCUGAAGGACAGGGCUUCAGGAAGCUCAGGUUAUUGGUAGAGAACUGCGGGCGUGUCAAUUAUGGACUUAUGCUGAAUGAGCAGCGGAAAGGCUUAAUUGGUGACGUCUUCCUGAAUAAUACUCCCUUGAGGAACUUCAAGAUUUACAGUCUGGAGAUGAAACCUGGCUUCAUAGAAAGCUUGCGAGGUUUUACUGCCUGGAGCACUGUCCCGGAUUAUGCCAUGGGUCCUGCAUUCUUAAGGGGAAACCUGCAAGUGCAGUAUCUACCUCGGGACACUUUCCUGAAACUCGAGGGCUGGGAAAAAGGAGUUGUGUUUGUCAAUGGAAAGAACUUGGGACGCUACUGGAAAAUCGGACCUCAGGAAACGCUCUACCUCCCGGCAACUUGGCUGAAGCCUGGAAACAAUGAGAUUAUCGUUUUUGAAGAGCGCAUCCCAGGCUGGAUCAUACAAUCCCUAGAUUUGCCUUAUCUAGGAAGGACCCACUAUAUAGACUGAGCAGAAGAGCUGCCUCCUGUUAUGGAUAAAUGCAUGGGGACACAUCAGUCCAAGUACAGCGUGGCUUGUUAAUUCCCACUAGACCAGUGUAAAAGAUCGGCUCUCUGGCAACAAGUUUAGGAGGUAGACAUGGCUCACCCCGAGAAGUGAGUCCGUCAUUUUGUCCCAGGACAUCUAGCCCUCAACACGACAGCUGGCCUCCAGCUUUCAGUGGUAGCUGUGAUGUAAUGGACAACCUAGGGGCAAAGAGUAAAAUAGGCUGUUGGGAGGGAGGGAACCAUCUGAGUGGAGCCCAGGCCCCGGCCCAAGAUGAAUGCAUCUCCUGUUUGACGAGAAGGGAGAGAAUUUCUGUGAGACAGAAGAACGGGAUGAAGAACAUUCUGCUGUGCUUUCAGGCAGAAUUGAAACCGUCUUUGUGUGGAGAAGGGGUUUGGUUUGUUCAGUUGUUGGAAGACAUUUUGGAUGUUAACAGUUUUUAAUAUUCUGAGGUUCUCUUUUUUUGUGGGGAAAACUCAAACCAGUUUUUAAAGUUA